AUGUUUAAGGAGGACUACUCACUGGAACGUAGACGCGUGGAAUCUGUGAAGAUCAGAGCGAAGUACCCCGACCGGAUUCCGGUGAUUGUGGAAAAGGUCUCAGGCACUCAGAUUGUUAACACUGACAAAAGGAGGUACUUGGUUUCAUCUGACAUCACCAUGGCUCAGUUCAUGUGGAUCAUCAGGAAAAGGAUUCAGCUUCCUUCUGAGAAGACGAUCUUCCUGUUUGUGGACAAGACAGUCCCACAGUCCAGCCUAACUAUGGGGCAGCUUUACCAGAAGAAAAAGAAUGAAGAUGGAUUCUUGUAUGUAGCCUACAGCUGA